AUGCCCCUUUGGUUGUCUUCGUUACCGGCGGAUAUAUGGGUAUCCGCUAUCCUGUCCAGUGUGGCCGCCGCCACAGUCACGGCCGCAUCCAUCUUCUUAAUCUACAAGUCUCACCUCUGCCCCCACAAAGAGAACAUCAUAACACUCCAUCAAGAACAACCGAAACGCAAUACAUGUGGGAAGAUCCUAUUCGUCUCCCAGAUUGGAACCUCAGAAGCGUUUGCGAAGCGCCUCUACGAGUUUUUAGCCUCGGGAAUGCACUUCCGUAAUUGCGUGUAUCUAGAGUUGGUAGAUGCACGGAAUUAUGAGCCCGAAGAGCUACCCAAAGAGAACAUCGUCCUCCUCGUUGCUUCAAAUUCGGAACAUUGGAAACUAGCUCUGGGAUCCAGCUACGAAACUUACGGAGCGGAGGACUUCCGCAGUUGGAUCCAGGAUAACGCGGAGAACUUUGGGAGUGGGGUUUUUGUUGUGAACGCUUGCAGUUUCAGUGUGUUUGGAGUAGGCAGUAGUGUUUCUGAAGGUGGCAAGAAUUUGAUGGCUAAGGCCGCCAAUCGCAUUAGGGAUUUUGGUCAGGCUGCGAAAUUCGACGCUGCUUUUGAUUUUGACAACUGGUGGCAAGGGGUUGUUGCGGUUUUGAAAGGUGCAGUUCUCGGGGAUACCGUUGCUGAUGACGAGUGCGAGCAAUCUGAACCCGAGUUCCAGGAUCAUGCUGGUUGUUGUGAUCCAAAACGCAUAUAUAUGUUGGUGGAAAAUCUGGGUGAUGGAGAUAGUACAACCUCCAGGCGCCGGAUGCUAACUAUCAGUGAGGCCAACUUCAUGAAGAAUGGCACUGUUGAUCUUGAAGACGUAGGUCUUGUGACUGCCCAAUGGCGUCUUCCAGAUGGUGCAACAAGCAAGUCUAGAUUACCAUUUUUUGAAGGAUUUUGUUCCCUUGGUCUCAGUUUAUUCUUUGCUGGUUGGGACCUGGAUCAUAUUGAAAGAGGAUGGAAGCAACUGGCUUCUGGUGAGGACACAAAACUGUGGUGCCUCGAGUAUGAUGGUUCUGCUUGGAUUUGGAGUUUAUGCAGAAGCAUGUUCUUCCCCUGCUCAACGGUUUGCCCCAUGGUAAUCCCAUACGAUGGCAAGUUGUGCAUCAUUCAGGGUAGAAGAAUAUGGGUUGAUAUCUACCAUCCAAAAUCAGAAUUUUGGGAAAAAAGGGAAGUACCCGAGAGUGUGUACUUGUGGCCUCACUCUUGCUUUUUCUGGGAAACCCUCAUUGUGUAUUCGGUUGAUCAUGAGAAUCAAUGGCUCAUGUCAUAUGAUUUGAAUGCCAACAUUUGGAGCCCCAUUGAGUGCAAUUUUCCACAUUACUGGGGUUGUAGAAAACUCGUUCGUUUGGGUUGCAGUGAUUAUCUUCUUAUUAUUGACUUUAUCACUAUUUGGUACAUCUAUGAUUUGUCUAAGAAGAAACUCGUGGCAAUUGUGCAUAUGAAUGAGUUGGAUGAGAUUGGGACAGUGACUGACGUUUUCUGUUGUCACCACACAAGCAAGGAAAGUCUGAUCUAUGUCUUCAUUGAUCCAGAUAAAAUGGAUCUUGAGGAAAUGGAUAUUGAGAAAGAGUCAUUCACUUAUGAUAUUAACAUUGUUCCUUAUGCCAAAGUCAAGCUCCAAACCGAUGGUAAUUUUUCUGCUAAGGUUGAAUCCAAGGGUAAUCUUAAAGUUGGUCCCUAUUGGAAGUACAAUGUGUUUGCUGCUGUAGACCAAGACAUUAAAGGAAAGACUACUGCAGCAUAGAUGUUGCUGUUAGGAAUAUGUUUUCUUGAACAGAGUAGAUGUAUUAUUCUUAUCACAUAGUUUUAAGACUGAGUUACUUUUUUGUGUCUCUUAUGAUGAGGAUUGAGGAUGUAGAGACUUUUAGAGUUAGCUAGUACUCAAAAUAUUCAUAGCAUUCAUAGGUGGGAACCAGCAUGCCCUAGUGGCAAUUGUAAUGGUUUAUGUAGGGUGGGAUAUUAAUGGGGACGUAGCGCGGAAUUUACACUAAUUUGUCUAAAUGCAUCAACAAAAACAUCAUCUACUUUCUCUCUCCCCGGAAUAAUUGGACACAUUGCUCUGUCCCACUAAAAUCUUAGCAGAGCCAACUUUUGUAAUUUGUACAUAUCCAAUUGUCUUGAAACAGCUAAUGAUGCUUACAAUUUUAAGCACAAUUAUUAUGCAGAUAGGGUGAGCUAUGCAGUAUUGAAAUUAGUAUCAUACUUUGUAAUUUUUUUACCUUUUUUUUAAUUUAUUUUUUUGUCUAAUUAAAUUGACCAUUCAUAAAACACAUUUUUUUUAUAGGGAAGUAUGUACCCGAGUUAGAACCCCUGAUAAAUGAUAGGAACCUUUCCCUUAA